CGUCUCCACAAGAUUUAAGAAAGGAGCUUCUUUUGCCAUUGCGCCUGAACAACAACCACAAAGCAAUUAAGCAAAAGCAAUGGCCUCCCAGCUCUCCGCCAUGGCCUCCGUGCCGCAGUUCCACGGCCUCCGGAGCUACUCGGCGCCGAGGUCAUCCAUGGCGAUGCUGCCAACGCUUAGAGCGUCCAGGAAGAGGUCCCAGGGCAUCCGGUGCGACUUCAUCGGCUCCUCCACCAACCUCAUCAUGGUGACGACGACGACGCUGAUGCUGUUCGCGGGGCGGUUCGGGCUGGCGCCGUCGGCGAACCGGAAGGCGACGGCGGGGCUGAAGCUGGAGGCGCGCGAGUCAGGGCUCCAGACCGGCGACCCCGCCGGGUUCACGCUCGCCGACACGCUCGCCUGCGGCACCGUCGGACACAUGCUCGGCGUCGGCAUCGUCCUCGGCCUCAAGAACACCGGCGUCCUCGACCAGAUCGUCGGCUAGAUCACCCACCUACAUACAGUUAUCAAGCUUCCAUCCCACAUAUGAUGGAAUGAAUGAGAGGGCCCUAAGCUGCCUGAUGUAAUUUGGUGUGAUGAUGAUGAUGUGAUGUACAAUGAACUAAUGUGUGGUGCAUAUCUUGUCCUCAAUCGAACCGGCCUACAGAGCUUCUUGAUUUCAGGUUUUUUAGAUGGCCAGUCCAUCACUGUCAGGACAAAGAAAAAAGUACAUGCACAAUGGAUUUCACUGUCCGGGCAAUGAACUAAUAUGUAUGAUGUAUAAACCAAUGAUGUACGGACCUGCUCAGUA